AAUUUAUUUGUUCUUAAUUAGUUCUUGCAGAAUAUAAGCAAGCUUUUUCACUCGCUGCUUCGCGGAGAAGCCCCUCUGUGAGCUGGCAAAAGCCAAGGCUUCCUCGUCUGGCGUUUCAGGAGGGUGGGAGCUCUCUGCUCAUAGUUGAUCUGUGAUUUUCUGAAGAGUGGGAGUAUCCCGUGGUUGGUUCUUCAUCUUUGCAACAAAGAAACGAUGUCAAAGAAGUGAGGAACUCGAAAAGCUUCUUUGGGUGGAAUUGGAUCGGAACCCCUGGGAUUUUAAUCUGAGAUCUUCUAGACCUGAAGAUCGCUAAUGGAUGCUGCCAAGGGUCUCGGAUCUCGCGGGGGUAAAGACGAGGAGGCGGAGUAUGGUCCUGACGGAGGUGAACCUGGGAUGAAGCACCCAAAACAUCUGAGUGGUCAAGUGUGCCAGAUCUGUGGUGAUGAUGUCGGUUUGACCCUUGAUGGCGAACCCUUUGUCGCCUGUAGCAUUUGUGCAUUUCCUGUGUGCAGACCUUGCUAUGAGUACGAGAGAAAGGAUGGGAAUCAAUCCUGCCCUCAAUGCAAGACCAGAUACAAAAGGCAUAAAGGGAGUCCUCAUGUUCGUGGUGAUGCAGGAGAGAGGGACGAUGUUGACGAGGUGGCUAGUGACUUCAAUUAUCCAUCUGGUAAUGAAAAUCGGAGGCAAAAGAUUGCUGAGGCAAUGCAGAGUUGGCAGACAAGCUAUGGGCGUGGGGCAGAAGCAGGACGUGUUUACGACAGACAAGAGGGCUCUCCAAGCCAGAUUCCUAGACUGACCAGCGGUCCGGCGAUGGUUGUCCAGCUUUCUGGGGAAUUGCCUGCAGCAUCACCUGACCAUCACACCAUGGCAUCUCCACCUGGUGGUAGUGGUGCAACAAAGCGUGUAUAUCCACUUCCUUAUACAGAUCCAGCGAGUCUCAACACCUCAAGGGAGUUUGGUUCGCAGAGUUUCGGCAAUGUUGCAUGGAAAGAGAGGGUUGAAAGUUGGCAAAAGAAGCAGGAUAAGAAUGUGGUGCAUAAUGUAACAACCGGAACAACUACUGCUUCCGAAGGAAAAGCUGGAGAUAUUGAUGCUUGUACUGAUGUUAACAUGGAUGACCCCCUAUUGAAUGACGAAGCUCGGCAACCACUUUCAAGGAAGGUAUCUAUUCCUUCGUCAAGGAUAAAUCCUUACCGGAUGGUUAUUGCUCUUCGGCUUGUUAUCCUUGCUUUUUUCUUACAUUACCGUAUAACAAAUCCAGUAAGAAAUGCCUAUCCUUUGUGGCUUGUAUCUGUGAUAUGUGAGAUAUGGUUUGCCAUAUCCUGGAUACUGGAUCAGUUCCCAAAAUGGUUCCCAGUAAACCGUGAGACAUAUCUUGAUCGGCUUGCACUGAGGUAUGACAGAGAAGGAGAGCCUUCUCAAUUGGCUGCUGUGGACAUUUUUGUGAGUACAGUUGACCCUUUAAAGGAGCCCCCACUGGUGACAGCCAAUACGGUGCUGUCAAUUCUUGCAGUUGACUAUCCCGUUGACAAGGUCUCAUGCUAUGUUUCUGAUGAUGGUGCUGCUAUGUUGACAUUCGAAGCUCUUUCUGAAACUUCAGAAUUUGCUCGAAAAUGGGUUCCUUUCUGCAAGAAGUACAACAUCGAACCCCGUGCUCCAGAAUGGUAUUUUGCUCAGAAGAUAGACUACCUAAAAGACAAAGUUCAAACUUCAUUUGUCAAGGAUCGAAGGGCCAUGAAGAGAGAAUACGAAGAGUUUAAAGUCCGUAUCAAUGGUCUGGUAGCCAAAGCACAGAAAGUUCCUGAUGAGGGAUGGGUUAUGCAAGAUGGCACUCCAUGGCCAGGAAAUAACACCAGAGAUCAUCCAGGGAUGAUUCAGGUUUUCUUGGGCCACAGUGGAGGCCUUGACACUGAAGGCAAUGAGCUUCCUCGUCUAGUCUAUGUGUCUCGUGAGAAGCGGCCAGGUUUCCAGCACCACAAGAAGGCUGGUGCUAUGAACGCCCUUGUCCGAGUCUCAGCUGUUCUUACAAAUGGAUCUUACCUGCUGAAUCUUGAUUGUGAUCACUACAUAAACAACAGCAAAGCCUUGCGAGAAGCAAUGUGUUUCUUAAUGGAUCCAAACCUUGGGAAAUCAGUUUGCUAUGUGCAGUUCCCUCAGAGAUUUGAUGGUAUUGAUAGGCAUGAUAGAUAUGCAAAUCGCAAUACUGUGUUCUUUGAUAUCAACUUGAGAGGUUUGGAUGGUAUUCAAGGCCCUGUUUAUGUUGGUACUGGAUGUGUCUUCAACAGAACAGCAUUGUAUGGUUAUGAACCUCCCUUAAAGCCAAAGAACAAAAAAAUGGCCUUUCUAUCAAGCUUGUGUGGUGGAUCACGAAAGAAAUCUUCAAAAUCAAGUAAAAGGCAUUCUGACAAGAAAAAAUCAAACAAGCAUGUUGAUGCAACAGUGCCUAUCUUCAAUCUUGAGGAUAUAGAAGAAGGAGUUGAAGGUUCAGGGUUUGAUGAUGAGAAAUCGCUGCUCAUGUCCCAGAUGAGCUUGGAGAAAAGAUUUGGCCAGUCAGCUGUCUUUGUUGCUUCCACGUUGAUGGAAAAUGGUGGUGUACCACAGUCUGCAACGCCUGAAUCCCUUCUCAAAGAAGCUAUUCAUGUCAUAAGCUGUGGUUAUGAAGACAAGACAGAAUGGGGAACUGAGAUUGGAUGGAUCUAUGGGUCUGUGACUGAGGAUAUCCUUACAGGAUUCAAGAUGCAUGCCCGAGGUUGGAAAUCAAUCUAUUGCAUGCCUGUACGUCCAGCUUUCAAGGGUUCUGCUCCCAUUAAUCUUUCAGAUCGUCUCAACCAAGUGCUGCGGUGGGCUUUGGGUUCAGUGGAAAUUCUUUUCAGUCGCCAUUGCCCUAUUUGGUAUGGAUAUGAAGGAAGACUAAAAUUUCUGGAGAGAUUUGCAUAUAUCAACACUACAAUCUAUCCUAUUACCUCUAUUCCUCUUCUUGCAUAUUGUACUUUACCGGCAGUAUGCCUCCUGACUGGAAAGUUCAUUAUUCCGCAGAUUAGCACUUUUGCGAGUAUUUGGUUCAUUGCCCUUUUCCUUUCUAUUUUUGCAACUGGUAUACUCGAAAUGCGCUGGAGUGGUGUAGGGAUAGAAGAAUGGUGGAGAAAUGAACAGUUCUGGGUCAUUGGAGGUGUGUCGGCACAUCUCUUUGCUGUGUUUCAGGGGUUGCUGAAGGUGCUUGCUGGAAUAGAUACCAACUUCACUGUUACUUCAAAGGCUUCGGAUGAAGAUGGUGAUUUUGCCGAGCUCUACAUGUUCAAGUGGACCACCCUUCUGAUUCCUCCAACGACCCUUCUCAUAAUCAACCUUGUUGGUGUUGUCGCUGGUAUAUCCUAUGCAAUCAAUAGCGGCUACCAGUCAUGGGGUCCGCUUUUUGGGAAGCUUUUCUUUGCAUUUUGGGUGAUUGUUCACCUCUACCCCUUCCUCAAGGGUUUGAUGGGGCGGCAAAACCGUACACCAACAAUUGUCAUCGUUUGGUCUGUUCUCCUUGCAUCCAUUUUCUCCCUGCUGUGGGUUCGGAUUGACCCAUUCACAACCAGGGUGACAGGGCCAAACACACAACAAUGUGGAAUAAACUGCUAGGCUGAGGGAUGCGUCUGGAAAGGAUGUAUGAGAUCAUCCAAUAGUUGACGGGAAAUGAUACACCUGUCGAUGUUGAAGAUGUUCUGUACUUGUAAGCUGUGAAUUGUUUCAUUAUAUUUAAGCAUGUCUAAAUAGGGCUAAGGUUGUCUUAGCGGCUUUGUAUUUUUGUUAUAAUUAUUGUUAUUUGUUAGUCCAUCUUGUACUCUCCCGGUUGAAAAGGGUCGUUUUGAACGUAAAACAUAAGAUCACAAAAAUGUGAGAUGAA